GUGACUUGAGACAUACCAGAGAAGAGUGAAACUCCACAUGCUGCCUGGAUAUCAACAAGUUCUUCUCAAAAGAAGUCUAACAUGGACAUUAUUUGAAAAAGAGCUGUCUUCACAUUUUGGAUUUUACUGUAUCUGAUUUGGAUUUUAAGGUUCACCCACUGGUUGAGGAGUCAUGGAAGGUCUCAGAGCAUGGAGAAAAAUAUAUUUGCUUAAAGUUUCUGUUGAGUGGUGGUGACCCAGCAUGUAGCAGAGGUGAACAAGUCCCGUCACACUUGGGAACAAUCUGACAGUGAGAUUAUGGGGAAUUCCUACGCUGGGCAGCUGAAGUCCACUAGAUUUGAAGAGGCUCUCCAUAACUCCAUAGAAGCUUCAUUGCGCUCGAGCGGUGGAGACCCACAGCCCGUUUUCACACAGCUCUACUUAGAGCCAGAACCAUAUCCUAGUAACAUUGAAGACAUGAAGUCGAAAGCUGACCGUCACGGUGGGGAGCCACCAGGCCACAAGCUUAUCAGCAGUCACUCUUCCAACGACCUGGAGGAGCUGGAGGACGACGAUGACUCAGACAGCAGCAGUCCUCCACUUCCCUACCUACAGGCCCCUGCACCCGACGGCUGCUGCACACUUGAUGGGUUCUGUCAGGCCGGCAAGGACCUCCGCCUGGUCUCCGUAGCAACGGAGUCCAUUGAAGUCCCGGCAGGCUUUGAGCUGGUCGGCGCCAAGUCACCCAGCAUCCCCGAGCACAUCCUGGUGUGUGCCGUGGACCGCCGCUUUUUGCCUGAUGAGAAUGGGAAAAAUGCACUUUUGGGUUUUUCAGGAAACUGUGUGGGCUGUGGUGAAAAGGGCUUCAGAUACUUCACAGAGUUUUCGAACCACAUCAACUUGAAAUUAUCCACCCAGCCCAAGAAGCAGAAGCACUUAAAAUACUACCUGGUGAAGAAUCCUCAGGGUGCUCUGUGCAAAGGAUCCCUUAUCUGCUGGAAAGACUGUAAAACCCGGCAGUUCUCCAGCAGCGUGUCAACCUCCAAACCAAGCUUGUCCUCCUCUCUCAGCAGUAAAGAAAAUGGAGGCGCUAGCGGACACAGCUCCUCUCCCUUAUCCCUCUCAGACUCACCACCCACCAGAACCACGCAGGCAUCUGCUCUCUUUUUCGGCCGUCAGGACCUCAGCAGGGAGUGUAGUUUCCUCAAACCUCUGGCCUCCACACCUGGAAACAAGACUCUGCCAAUAGUUCCCACAGCUCUGAGGGUGAAUGGGCCAGCUAAUGGUCUGGGCGCCGAUGGACGUCCUCCCUUACUGAGCCCCUCCCAAGUCUCCUUAGGGCCUCAGGGUCAGGGGUAUCGCACAGCUGAUUUAGGAGACAGUCCAAUAUCUUCUGCCAUACACUCGGGUCCUCCAAAGAAACGUCACCGGAGCUGGCAUCCUUCCGCCUUGUUGCCCGUCCCUCCAACAGCCGUCCCUGUUCCAGCCAUCCGACCAAUUGUUUGUUCCCCCGGUUCUGUAUUAGGAUUGUCCUCUCCUCAGCCACCGGUAGCUGGACUCAUUCAGCCCCAACCUGUCACCACUGGAGAGACUGUCAUCAUUCCUAACAACCUGCUCAGCUCUUCAGGAGUUCGCCCUGUCAUCCUCAUCGGGCAUGGCACUUUACCUUAUUUCUAUGGGAAUGUUGGGGAUGUAGUGGUGAGCCCCCUGCUGGUCAGCUGCUAUAAGAGCAGCCAGCUGACAGAGAAAACCUUGGAGACUUUGGGCCUCAACAGCAGCCAGCUGCUCAGUGUUGAGACGAUGAUUCUGCUGACUUUGCAGUAUCUUGCACGCUUAGGCUCAGAGCAGAUUCCCCUGAGGGAAGAGCUGGAACAGAUAGUUCUGAAAGCCAUGCUGUGCUGUCCUGGGGGUCCCACUAUCUCCCCAUCGCAGCUGCCCUGGUUGGCUCGCCUGGAAGCCAGUGUAUCUAGGGGCAGCGUCCAGGUCAUGGUUACCCACAACAGUUUGGGAGAGGGCAUAUCUGAGUCACUACACUCUCUGAGCGAGGGUCCUCACCACAAACAGUGCCUGCCCACCUAUGUGGUCAUCAUAUGUGCUUCUAAAAUCAGUGGCAGUGAGUUCUGUGUGCUUGUAUUGGGAAAGUACCAAGCACGGGCCUUAGCUGAAGGCAUGCUGACAACAAACGAGUUUCUGAAGGAAAUCAGCUAUGAGCUCAUCACAGGGAAAGUCAGCAUCUUGGCAUCUCACUUCAAAACCACGUCACUCGGAGACAAUCUGGACAAACAGCUGGUGCGAUACCAACGCCGACGGAAGGGACAGGUCAUCCAGCCCUUUCAGGGCGAUGUCACUGACCACAUAAACUCCCAGGAGUCUGCCAGCAUGUCACCUCCCUCAGACAAAGCAGAGUUUUUAGGGAGGGUUUUUCAGAUCUAUCCGACCCAGCUGAGCGUGGCACGCAGCCUCCUCUCUCAAGUCUGUUCCAUCGCGGACUCAGGGACCCAGAACCUUGACUUGGGGCGCUUUUGUAAAGUGGACUUUCUUGUUCUGGUCCCUCCGUCUCACAUUCUGGUACACCAGACAGCACAGCGCAUCCGACAAUCAGGGGUGCUUGUGGACCUGGGAAUUGAAGACAUUUCCUCAGCCCACCAGAAAUCUGAUAAGUACGUGGUGCGUCUGGAUGGUGACGUCCACACCAAGAUGGAGGCCUUCAUGAGGAAAGUCAAACAGAACCCCUACACCUUGUUUGUUCUCAUCCACGACAACUCGCAUGUCGACCUCACAAGUGCUCUGUCAGGCUCUGUGUGUCAUGGGGAGUUGCAGGGUUUGGCUGACCGGGUGGUGAACUGCCAGGAAGUCCUUGAUGCCUUGAACCUGUUGGUCCUACAGGUCAGCUGCUUUCCAUACACGCUGCAGACCCACCAGUCCCGCAUCAGCAUCUGCAAUGAAGUUCAUUGGCCCUCUAAUGAAAGUCUGCAGGGGGAGCAGUCUCCCAGUGAGUUGAUCUACUUUGGCCUGAGGGACUAUACCAGCUCCCUGCAGUGGGGCGUGUUCAGCCCCAUUCUGCGUUGUGAUGAUGCCUUUGAGAAGAUGGUUCACACUCUGCUGGAAAGCCAUCCACACCUACACAGCAUGGUGAUCCGCAGCUACCUGCUGAUUCAGCAGUACACCGAGGCCAUGAUGGCCUUGACCUCUUCCCCUUCCCUGAGAGACCACAUCACCCCAGAGACUCUGGCCAUGGUAGAAGACCUAAUUAAUGCCCCAAGCAGAGAGGGCUCCCAGGGCCAGGGCCACAUGCUGCUGGUCCGUGUCCCCUCACUACAGCUGGCAAUGCUGGCCCGGGAAAGACUGGAGGACGUGAGGGACAAGCUGGGGCUGCAGCUGUGCUUUGCUGUGCUGCUGGGGAGUCCUGCCUCUGAACUCAGCUUGUCCAGAAACUUCAUCAGCCGCCUCAGGGUGUGGAGAGGCUGUGAGAGUGAGGACUGGGUACCGCAUACUUAUGAGGAUCUGGAAGGGCUGCCCUGCAUCGUCAUCCUCACAGGGAAAGAUCCUCUCGGAGAGACUUUCCCCAGAUCUCUGAAAUACAGUGACCUGCGUCUGAUAGACUCCAGCUACCUGACCCGUACAGCCCUGGAGCAGGAGGUGGGUCUGGCCUGCACCUAUGUGUCCAGGGAUGUGGUCCAGGAGCCACAGAGGGCCAUGGCCCCUCUGGAAUCAGAUGGAGAUAAGGCCACCACAAGCUUGAAUGAUGGAGAUGAGCUGGAAAGACCCCAGAGCAAUGGCAGUGCUACAACCAAAACCUCUGGUUCUUUGGCAGAGAAUGGUGUCAGUUCAUCUGACAUUGCAGACCUUUUCCAGAAGCCCUCCACCUCCACCUGCCCACCUGACGGCGUCGUCAUGUUGGACAUGGGGACAGUAACACAAGGAUUCAAGCAGGAGUGCGAUUCCCUGGGAGGCCAGCUCUCCUCCAACUCCUCCAAAGCAUCCAAGACUCCUCCUUCCCUCUACUCCAGGUCCUCCUCUUCCUCCCCCUCCCCAUCUUCCUCCUCCACCCAGAGGCCCAGCCAGUCCACACAGUAUAGUCGUGACUCCCAGCCCGCUCGAGUGUCACCGCGGACAGUCAUCAUGUCCCGAGCGGCGUACAGUCUGCUGGCAGGGGAGUCUGGGAGCCAGCUGAGCUCCUUCUCCCUACUGCCACAUGCAGAUGUGGCCUGGAGCAGCCCGCUGAGGCCCCUUAUCACUCACCACCUGCAGGAGGUAGAGCAGAGCAUGUACUACCGCCAGUGGACCAUCGCCAGGCAGCAUCACGCCGAUUAUGAAGCGCCACCUGUGCCACAUCCUCGGCGUUUGUUACUCAGUGGACCCCCACAGGUGGGGAAAACUGGUGCCUACCUGCAGUUUCUUCGUAUUCUGUUUCGGAUGCUCAUCAGACUGUUGGAGGUAGAUGUGUAUGAUGAGGAAGAGGAGGAGGAGGAAGAAACAUCGGAGGUUACAACUCCAGUAAAUACUCAGUGGCCUGAUGUUGAGGAAAUUCGAAAGAUGCCCUUUGACCCCUACCCCCGAGACCCUAAGUUCAAGAAGGCCAGCCCCGUUUACUCUGACAAGAUGCCAAAGUGCUUAAAAGUUGUAUUUGAAGAUUUUAAGCACGAAGAAGAGAUCCAAACACCAGCCAAACGAAAGACCAAAUCAAUAUGUCUGAGUAGGUUUGCCGCCCACAAUGCCUUUCAUCACUGUGAGCAGUGUCAUCACUACUGUGAGUCAGGGCCGGCCACACAGCUGCCGGAAUGCACCUUCCAUGCAUUCACAUUCUGCUCGUCCAUGCUGGGGGAGGAGGUCCAGCUCCACUUUGUCAUUCCCAAAGCUAAGGAGCAGCACUUUGUCUUCAGUCAGCAGGGCAACCACCUGGAGAGCAUGCGCCUGCCUCUGGUCUCCACUAAGGACCCUGACGUGUUAAAGAGCCCGAUCUUCACCCCGACCACAGGACGCCAAGAACACGGUCUGUUUAACAUUUUCCAUGCCAUGGAUGGCGCCGCUCAUCUGCACAUCUUGGUGGUUAAGCAAUUAGAGAUGCCCCUCUACAGGAAGUACUGGCCCAACCACAUCUUGCUUGUCCUGCCAGCUAUGUUCAAUAACGCUGGAGUUGGUGCUGCACGCUUCAUGAUCAAAGAGCUGUCAUACCACAACCUGGAGCUGGAGAGAAACAGAUUGGAGGAGCAAGGUGUCAAAAGGCAGGAUGUAUGGCCUUUCAUUGUCAUGAUGGAUGAUUCCUGUGUGCUGUGGAACACCCAGCAGGCAGGGGACAGCAGUGACACAUUAGAUGGAAGCUCAACCCUCACUAACGUGUCUCUGAAGAUGGUGCUGCAGCAUAUGGAAACCACACCCAAGAUCACCCUGUACGCAGUGUGCGGUAUUCGCAAAUGGAGCAGCAGCCUGACUCGCAAGUCUCCCUGCCACCCCUUCGGCCGGUGUCACCUCCAUGACUUUGUCAUGCUCAAUGUGGACCUGACGCAGAAUGUUCAGUAUGACCUUAAUCGGUAUAGCAGCGAGGAGGUGGACUUUAACCUAAGGGUGAACAGCAGUGGGCUGCUGCUCUGUCGCUUCAACUACUUCAACAUGAUGAAGAAACACAUUCCAGUUGGGGGAAACAAAGACUUCCUGGUCAAGCCUAAACUCGUGGAAAUAGAAAAGCCUACUUCAGUCAGCCCGUCCCAGUAUGUUUGCGCCCCAGACAGCGAGCAGAUGCUCCUAGAUGCCCCGGCCCAGUUCCUGUUCGAAAGAUUUCUGCAGAGCUGCAGCCACAGACUAUUUCCAAUGGCUAUUCAGAACAGAGACAACCCAGUUCUGUCCAUUGACAGCUAUCUCAACGUCGGUCCGGAGAUUACUGUGUGUUACAUCAGCUCACGUCCACACUCCACCAACCUGAACCAUCAGGACCUGGUGUUCAGUGGUCUACUGCUUUACCUCUGUGACUCCUUUGUGGUCUCUGGACUCCUCAAGAAAUUCCGGUUCCUCAAAGGUGCCACCCUUUGUGUGAUCUGCCAGGACCGAAGUUCCCUCCGUCAGACUAUUGUUCGACUGGAGCUAGAGGACCAGUGGCAGUUCCGGCUGCGGGACGAGUUUCAGACAGCUAACUGUAGUGAAGAUCGACCCCUCUACUUUCUGACUGGCCGCCAUGUUUGAAACUAUAACCGCUGUGGUCCACCGCUCUGCUGCAGAAACACGAUCAGAAAUGAGGAUAGAUUUGAUUCCAAACCAGCCAGUAAUCAUAAUUCCUGCCACCCCACUGGAAUGUGGGAUAUACUGAAGUAGAAGACCUGAGGUACCCCACAAGUAGACACAUGGCAAGCUGCUGUAGCUUUUCUUCAUUUGUACUACAGUGCACUAUGCCUGGCUCUGAAGAGGGUCAGUGCAUGCAAACCUUGCUUGUAGCUGUCUCCACUUGAGCUUGUGUUCUACUGAAGAAGCACAGCUGAAGCAGAACUUCUUUUGUUUUAUUGUUGUAUUUUGCAAAAAUGGACGCUCUGCGAUCGGUAAUGUGACUAUUUGAAGAUUUUAUGUGUACACGAACUUGGCAGUAUGUCCCAUCCUGGACACACAUGUUUAUCUCAGGGUUUUAAGAGAGAUCUAAGGGAGAGGUGACGCUUGUCUCCCUAUUGAUCAUGUAUUUCUGGCAUUAACCUAUGUUGGCACCAAAGACAUCCUGAGCUGCACCUUGCAUUUUCCUUUCUCUUUACUGGUCCCUUCUCACCUGCUUUGCCUCUCAAACUCCAUGAAGCUCAGCAAUUGUAAAAAGUCAGCUCACUUUAUUAAAGAAUAAUAAAUAUAGACAAUGGUCUGUAAUGGAUUUCUAUCAUCAAGAGUGUCAAAUUCUACUGUAACACCAGUGGGAUUCAAACAAUAACCAAUUAUUUGAGCUAGCACAUUUAACUACAAUUGAGGACUCCUCUCGUGCCUGUGAAAUAUUUAUGUGGCAUAGAUAAUCCUUCUCACAUCAAGUUGUGGUAGACAGAGUUUGAUAAUAGACACCAAAUAACUUUUAUGUGAAUAUAUUCACAACUAAAGAAAAGUACCAGUUAUGUCCUUUCAAGAAUGUUGGGCAUUAUUAUUCUGUGAUGGCAUGAAUAUGAAGUUGAUGUUCUCCAAACCAGACGAUAGAUGACUUGCUGCAGGGUUUGAUUUUUACAACGCGUCUGUUAAUGUGCAUGCAACAUGGAAGUAUAGUCUAAUGUAUUUUACACUGAGGCAUUUACUGACUUAGGUAAUAGAGAUUUUAAGCAUAAUUACAUGAAGCCAAGCAAGCCACUUCACUGCCAAAUAUCCUGCUACUGACUGUGCCUAGAUUUCCCCUCUGGUCGUUUUGUUCAUGUUCUGAGGCUGAUUGUACUGUAUAUUGAUAAUCUGAACUACCAUUAACACCUUAAAUUCAUCAUCUGCCAUCUUAAAGGAUAAUUAAAGCAAAUGGUUCAAACUGCCAAAAGCAGCAGAACAGGUCACUUGAUAUACUUGAAAUCAGAACGUUUCUGCACAGGGUUAUCCAAAGAAUAUUCCUUAGGGGACAUUUCACACAGUCACAGCUCAACUGAUGCCUUUUUCAGACCAAUGAGAAUGAAGAAACCAUUUAAUUGGGAGGGCAAGAAAUGUUUGUCUGAGUGAAGCAAGAUGAAAUAAUUGGAUUUUGGACUACUGUACUGUUUAAAGCUUUGUUUACUUUAUUAAUAUAUUAUUUCAUCCCCUUAACCACUGAGGGUUACUGCUGUUUUUUAGUCUUGUGUAAUGUUUGCCGGUAUAUUUUGGUUACAGUGUCUUCUGCAUUUUAUGUUAUGUUGCAAAGACAAGAAGUAUCUACCUAGAUGUGUCCUUAACCGUAUGUCUGUACCCCCUCCUGUUCUUGUGUUGGAUUUGUAUUGAAAAUGAAAAUUUGGUCCAUGAGGGAUUCUUAUUUAUUUGACAAGCAUUUUGAACUGAUAAUCAUAUUGAAGUGUAAUAUUUGACUGCAUGCUGAGCUUGCUUAAACCAAGAGCAUGUGUACUCUUCAAAACCAUCUAUGAAGGUUUUGCACAAGACCCAAAAAAUGAUUAGAUCUACUGAAUGUCGGUGGGGGCAGGAAAUGUGAACUUGCACUAUACAAGUAGCCAGCAGAAAAAACAUUUCCAUAUAGGCAAAACAAUUCGAUUAAGUUCCCCAAACCCCCAGAAUUAGUCAAUAUAACACUGCUGAUUAAUACUUUAUUGUUAAACUCCAAUGGUCCAUUGAAUGUGUCAUUCUUUUUUUUGAUAAUUUAAUACUUAAUAUGCAAACUGCUCUUGCAAUCUCCACUGAAAUGCGUUUGGUAACCAUGUGCAGCCCACUUGUGGCCUUGGUGUUUAGGUGAUCUACCUCAUGUUUGCCGUUGUGGUUGCGGGCUGUCAGCAUGCGACAUUAGAGCCAUGCUAUUGUUGUUGACAACUGAUGAAUGUAAUAAAGUUUAUGAAUGUAACUCAA